ACGGUGCUUUUGUUAUAAUACACACACAAUACUCACAUAUGUAGCCUAUACAUAUACUAACUGUAUCUAUAUCUCAUGUCUAAACUGUAUCUCUGAAUUGAUAGGUACAGUAUGUCCAUUGAAAUACAGAUUAUACGGUUUAAUACAUACAUAUAUUGAUAGUGAUAUAUGCAUACUAGUUCGUGGAAAGUUCGAUGGCAAAUUUGAAGAAAACUUGAUGAACGAGAAGAUCUUACGGUGUUCCAACAGUUUGAAAUUGUGUGAAGGAGCUUCUGUUAAUUGUUGAUUUCUAUAUGUAGUAUCAUUUUUGCUGGUUUUGGUUGUUAAUCGGAGGGUUUAAGUGUUGGAAAAGUUUAAAUGGUUCGAUUUUCAAGGGAUGAAGCGGUCUAGAGAUGAUGAUGAUGUUUGCAAGAGUCCUCAAGUCAAGCGGCCAUUUGUUUCUGAACGCCCUGGUCAUCCCCAGAUGAUGGACAGUAAUGGACAGAAGUUGACAACUAAGGAUGCCCUUACAUAUCUCGAGAAGGUUAAAGAUAUAUUUCAAGACAAAAAGGAAAAAUAUGAUGAGUUUCUUGAAGUCAUGAAAGAUUUCAAGGAGCAAAGAACUGACACCACAGGUGUCAUAGCAAGGGUGAAGGAAUUGUUUGAAGGGCACCAGGAACUGAUUUUGGGUUUCAGUCCCUUUCUGCCAAAGGGAUAUGAGAUCACCCUCCCACGAGAGCAUGACCAACAUCACAUUAAGAAGCCUUUGGAAUUCGAUGAAGCGAUUCUAUUUGUAAACAAAAUUAAGAUGAGAUUUCAAGGUCAAGACCAUGUGUACAAAUAUUUUCUUGACACUUUGAGUAAGUAUAAAAAAGAAAACAAAUCCAUCAAGGAAGUCCACCAAGAGGUUGCUAAUCUUCUUAAUGAUCAGCAAGACCUGCUCAAGGAGUUCACCAACUUGUUACCUGAUUCUUCAGCAGCAGGGUCUAAUCAUUAUUGUCAGGCCAGUAGGAACCAUAACCCUGGACGUGAUGGUAGGAGCCCGCCUGCGGUCGCAAUAGGGCCUCUUCAGUCUGAAAAGAAAACUGUUGCUUCUCAUGCCGAAUGUAAAGUUAGUGUUGACCAAUCUGAUCCAGAUCAUGAAAAAGGAUGUAUUAUGGCUGAUAAAGAGCAGAAGAGGCAUGGCGAAAAAGAAAAGGACACAUGGGAAAACACAGAACACAGAGAACAUCAUUCAGAUGAUAGAGAUUGUGAUCGGAUGCAUCAUUUAACCCAACAUAAACCUGCUCAUACUCUUGAGGACUCUGUUGCUGAACUGUUUCAUAAAGAUGUGCAUGGCCAAAUGCUUUGUCUCCGUGAAAAGGUGAAGGAAAGAUUAAGUAACGCAGAUGAUUACCAGGCAUUUCUGAAGUGCAUUGCGCACUACUGCACAGAAAUUAUUACUCGACCGCAACUGCAAUCUCUGGUAAAUAAUUUGCUUGGAGCAUAUUCGGAUCUUGUGGAGGAAGUCGAUGAGUUUAUAGACCGCAGUGAAAAGACAAGAUCUUUGUGCAGUGAUGGACAUUUACCUGGAUCACCAAAGGUAGAUGGUGGGGAUAGAAACCGAGAUUGUGAUAGGGAUGAAAGGGAUGGAGAUCAUGAAAUCAAAGAAAGGAAUAGGCCAGCUAUUGGCAGUAAAGAUGCAUCUCCAUCCAAGCCAUCUUCACUUUCCAGCAAGGAGAAGUACCUGUGGAAAUCGAUUCAAGAACUUGACCUUUCUAAUUGUGAAUGCUGCACCCCAAGUUAUCGGCUUCUGCCAAAAAAUUACCCCAUUCCUUCAGUAAGUCAAAGAACAAAGAUUGGUGUUGAGGUGUUGAAUGAUCACUGGGUGUCCGUUACUUCCGGAAGCGAGGAUUUUUCUUUCAAACACAUGCGUAAGAACCAGUAUGAAGAGAGCUUAUUUCGAUGUGAAGAUGACAGAUUUGAACUGGACAUGUUAUUAGAAUCUGUAAAUGUAACAGCCAAACGUGUGGAAGAACUGUUGGACAGAAUUAAUGAUAACUCCAUCAAGACAGACAGUGUGGUUCAUAUCGAAGACUUCACAGCUAUACAUUUGAGAUGCAUUGGACGUCUAUAUGGUGAUCAUGGGCUUGAUGUAAUGGAUGUGUUAAGGAAGAACGCAUCUGUUGCUCUGCCAGUAAUAUUAGCCCGUCUGAAGCAGAAACAAGAGGAGUGGCUGAGGUGUCGUUCUGAUACUAAAAAGGUUUGGGCAGAAAUUUAUGCUAAAAACUAUCACAAGUCACUUGAUCAUCGCAGCUUCUAUUUCAAGCAGCAGGAUUCAAAGAGCUUGAGUGCUAAAGCUUUGUUGGCUGAAAUCAAGGAAACCAGUGAAGAGAAGUCUAUAGAGGAUAAUAUUCGUCAGUGUAUUGCUCCUGGAAAAAAACAACACUCUAUUCCACAUCAAGAAUUUAAGUACUCUGCUUUGGACAUCCAUGAAGACUUGUAUCAACUCAUGAAAUAUUCUGUUGCUCAAAGUGGUUCCCCUGAACAAAUCGAUAAAGCUGUGAGGAUCUGGACCACUUUUGUGGAACCUAUGCUUGGUAUUCCUCCUCGGCCUUCAUGCGUAGCUGACCAAGAUGCCACGAAAACAAGCAAUCAUGCUGCAACAAGUGGCAGUACAGCUGUUAGGCAAAGUAACAUAAAGGUUCCCCAUGGCGCAUUCAAUAUCAAGCAGUCAACCAUUGCCAAGAAUGGAGAUGAGGAGGUUUUCACUGAAAAUUCGUGCUCUUUUAGAGCUAGCAUGUUAGAUGAUAAAAAUGGUUUGAAAGAGAAUGGGUUUUCCAACACUGGUCAUUUUGGGCAUAAGAGUGAUUCUUUGUGCAAUACCCCUAAACAUGAAACAUUCCAGAUUAGUGUUCAUCCAUCUGAUGCAAGAUCUGGGCUUAGUAAGCAAGUCAUCACCAAUGAACCUAUUUUGAUUCAAAAUGCAUCAAUUGCUACUGGACCAGAAAAAACUCAUGGGAUAUUCUGUGGGCCUUGCAUCACUUCUGCAAAAUCUGGUACGACAGCUUUGGACGGUGGACUUGAGUCAGACCGUAACAAAAUUCUCUCUUCACCAGAGGGUGGUGCUUGUAAGAAACCAGUUUCAUCUUCAAAUGCGGCUGUAGCAGAGGGUGGCAGAACUGAGCGAUGUCAUAAUGGAACUGACAGUUACCUUAAGAUAGAACGAAAUGAGGGUGAAUCAUCAGUAAAUGGAGAUACCAAAGGAGAUAAUCUUGCAGCAUACAGAGACCCUGGUGUGGAGUCUACCCAUAAGUCGAAAGAUAUCACUGUGAACAAUUUUUUUUACCAAAACAGACACCAGCAAGGUGAUCUACAAAAUAGAGCAGGUGUUGAUGACAAAGGUAAGGAAAGGGCUCAUAGGUCAUUGGAUAACAGUGAGAAUGGUGAUGAUACAGGAAGUGAAUCUGCUGAUGCAGAGGAUCUCUCUCCCAAGGAGCAGGAUGGAGACCAUGAUAACGCAACUGGGAGUGAAGGUAUGGUGGAUGGGAUGGGUGACGAGAGUUGUCAAUUUUCAGAACAUUUUCUAGAGAUAGCAAAACCAUUUAUGUUGUAUGUUCCUGCAACAUUGCACGAUAAAAAGAGAAAUUCUCGUGUCUUCUAUGGAAAUGAUGACUUUUAUGUUUUCUUCAGACUUCAUCAAAUACUCUACACAAGAUUGGAGGAGGCAAAGGAAAAGUCUCUCAUCGAGAGAUGGAGGGGUUCAAAUGAUACAACACCUAAUGAUUCAUAUGCUAGAUUCUUGGAUCUCCUCUAUAGUUUUCUUGAUGGUGCUAUUGAUAGUGCAAAAUAUGAGGAUGAAUGUCGGGCUGUUCUUGGCACAUGGUCGUUCCCUGUCUUCACAUUGGACAAGCUGAUCGACAAGCUUACUAAACUGUUACUAACCAUAGCAAUGGAUGAGGUUGAUAACAAGCUUCUUGACCUGUAUGCAUAUGAAAAUUUGAGAAAGGGGGAGAGCUUCAUAGACGAACUUUAUAAUGCAAAUGCCAGCGUGAUUGUUAAUGACUCAAAGAUUUUUCGAUUUGAGUGUUCAUCUAUCCCAGAAACAUGUAGACAUACCCGAUUAACCAUACAGAUGAUGAACUUUGGAUAUGACAAGUCUGAAGCACCAGCUUCUUUGAUGGACCCAGAUUUUGCCGCAUAUCUAAGCACCCAAUUCCUUUCAGUUGUUCCUGGGAAAAAAAGGCACAGGAUCUUCUUGAAAAGGAACAAGAGCAAGAGCAAGAGCAAAUAUGCUUGUGAAGAUGAGGACUUGGCUAUGGCAAAGGCCAUGGAAGGAUUUCAUGUUGCAAAUGGGCUGGAGUUCAAGAUAGCUACCUUUACAUAUAAGGUAUACUAUGUUAUGGGUACGGCAGAUUCUUUGGUGCGGAUGGGCAGAAAAAGGAUCAAUAAUCGUGUACCAUCUCAUGAAGUUGCUAGCCUUUCAAAUGGUCAUUCUCUCAAAACAUUGAAGUUCCUUAAGCUGUUGCUCUCUAGGAUUCGGUCCACGGAAAGAUGACAACAAAUUGGAUGAGAGGUAUGCUGUUAACGCGUGGCAAAGGAAGUGUACGACAAGUACAAAGUUCAAAUCAAAUUGGUUCCUUGUUCCGUUGCCAAUUUUACUUUUUCCGAGUCUAAAGAAGACUUUGCGGUAUGUUUGUUUUGUGCCGCAAUUCGAGCUUUGUUUAUGAAUGGACACCAGUUCUCUCCAACAACUGUAUUUUAGUCUUUUCAUCUACAUUUUUAAAUUAUGGAACUUGCUAUAAAUAGAAAGAAGACAUUGAUGAUGUUUGUUGUGGUCUUUUUAAUCUAAUUGAUGAAUAAAAUUAUCAUGUGG